GCGUCUAGACGCGAUAGAACGACGCGUCUUGACGCGGCGUCUGAACGCUGCGUUUACCCUGUUUUCCCUGUAGCGUCAGACGCUGCAAAUUUUAUUAUUUUAUCCCGUUCUUUUAGUACUACUGUGACCGUUGUCUCUUCCACACGUAGUUUCCAGAUCUGAUUUUUUGAUUUUUCAAAAUGAAUCAACAUUUUAUUUUGAACAGUAUCAUUAAUAAUAAUAAUACUAUUUGCGAAUUGUUGCUUCGUAAUGAAGAAAUUGAAAACGAAUUACUUAUGAACUUAAUUCCAAAAAAAAGAAAACCUUUCAAAAGUUUAUUUUCCACGAGGAAAUCUGAAGGUUUUUUUAAAAGUUUGAUUAGUGGACAUCUUAUUAACGACGAUGAAAAAUUUCGGGAAUUUCUUCGUCUAAAUCGUGAUCAAUUCAAUUUUAUCUUAUCUUUGGUCCAAGAAGAAAUAACGAAGAAACCGACAUUACGUGUACCUGAGCCAAUAUCUCCAGAGGAAAAACUAGCACUUACUUUAAGGUACCUAGCAACAGGAGAAUCCUUCCGAUCUUUGGCAUUUGCUUUUCGUAUUUCCCACAGCUAUAUUAGCAUUAUAGUGAGAGAAACUUUAGCAGUUAUGAAACAAAAAUUAAUGCCACUAUUUUUGCCUGAUCCCAGUCAAGUUGACUUAAAGACUAAAGCAGAUGAAUUUUAUCAGAAGUGGAACUUUCCUAAUUGUGUACUGGCAAUUGACGGAAAACAUGUUAGAAUCCAAUGUCCAAGUAAUUCAGGUUCUUUGUUCUUUAAUUAUAAAGAAUAUUUUUCUAUCGUGUUGUUGGCUAUGGUGGACGCAAACUAGAAAUGUAUAGCUAUUGAUGUCGGAUCGUUUGGGAGAGAAGGAGAUAGUGGAAUUUUUUUGAAAUCAAGUAUGGGGCAACAAAUAUUGAAUUGUACAUUUGGAUUCCCUGAGGAUUGUGCACUUCCUGGCACUGACAUAAAAGUUCCACACGUCAUACUUGGUGAUCAAGCUUUCAGACUGCACAAACAUAUUUUAAGACCAUUUUCACAAAAGUCAGCCAAAGGAGAUAGUAAAAAAACAAUAUUUAAUUAUCGACUCAGUCGUGCUCGACGAGUUACAGAGAAUGCUUUCGGAUUAUUAAGUAAAGUAUUCAGAGUAUUUUUUCAAUCCAUUAAUAUAAAUACAACAACGUGUGAUGACUUGAUAAUCGUAGCAUGUUGUUUACAUAAUAUGUUACGAGACGCAUA